UGACCUCAGGUUUGUUCUCGUUAUGAGUCACUCACCGGCACCAUGUACAAGCUUAGCGUCGGAUGCGCUAGGGGUAUGAUCAUCGCUGCCAUGCCCUGAUCUCACCGCGGCUCGUCAGCUGAAUACUAUCGGCCCAGUAAAGCCGUCCCCAUAUUUUACCUUCACAGUUGGGGUGAGGUGGGGAGUUACCCAGAACUGCUCAUCCGUGGUUCUCUUGGCAGCCAUGUGAGUGCCGACCUUAAGAUUACCGAUCUUGGACGAUCGACCUCAGCGACUAUGGGGUUCCAGUCCGAAUUUGGGUUGCCGACUAAGACUUCGUUGUUAAUCUCGUGUCGCUCGACCAACCAUAGCACGCAUUGCUUCCCCCGUCACCCAAUCAGCGAUUCGUUCCGGCUGAACGCUCGUGCCGCUCCAGAUUCGCGCAGGUUUCAUCCUAGCUGUCCGUUCCCGAGGCUUUGCGCCAUUUCUGGCCGUAGACCGUGCCUCAGUUUACAGCGCGGAUACAGUGUGCAAAGCCGAUACGGCUUACAGCGGCAGGCGGACACAGAUGGGGGGACAAGCAGAGCCGUUGCAGAGGAAAAGGAGGCCUCGUUUGCGAAGGAUACCCGGGGUCCAGUUUUGGGUAAUUCCGAGAAAGCCAAGGGGAAAUGCACGCUCGCGAAUGAUAAGGACGCGGAGGACAGGGGGGCUGUGGGUAAAGGGGACGGGCACAAAACCCUAGGUUUCGGGAUGCGUAGAGAGGACGGCGAAAGAGAGGCGGGUCUUGAGGCGUCUGGCGGAUGGGGUGGCGGGGAGAGGAGGGGCGUAGGAAGGGCCGAGGGGAUAAUAACGGAAAGGAGAAGAUUCAGUGAGAGAUCAAGAGGACCUGGGGCUGUCAGGCAGGCGUGGAGAAGAGAGGGGCGGGACAGGGAGGCGGGUCUUGAGGCGUCUGGCGGAUGGGGCGACGGGGAGGGGAGGAGGAACGUAGGAGCGACGGAGGGGAGAGUGGUGGUAAGGAGGAGAUCAGCGAAGGGCGUUGCUUGGCAGGCGUGGAGAAGAGGCGAGGACACGCGGGGUUGGCGAGGGGGGGAGGGGGAGCACGCUUUUGAGUCGACUCAGAGUCAGACGCACACCAUUCAGGAAAGUAGCGGAUUCCGUGAGGGAUUAGGGACGAGUAAUGCAAGACAGGUAUGGAGAAGGGGAGAGGACAUGCGGGUUUGGCGAGGGGGAGAGGGGGAGCAAGAGCGGAAUCCAGCGAGGCAGGAGCAGAAUCCAGCGAGGCAGAGGCUGCAGUACCUGGAAAGGUGUGGGAGAGAGGGGCGAGCAGCAGAGGCACUAAGUAUGCUGGGCGUGGAGGACUUUGAGUCGUCUCGAGAGGGGCGAGCAGCAGAGGCGCUCGCGAUGUUGGGAGUGGUGGAGGGGGAGGGGGAGAAUGGGGGGGAAGUGGAAGAGGAGGAAGAGGAGGGAGAGGAGGGAGAGGAGGGAGAGGAGGGAGAGGAGGGAGAGGAGGGAGAGGAGGGAGAGGAGGAAAACGAGGAGGAAGGUAAGUGGAGUGCUGCUAGUUAUGAGGCGGGAGGGCAGGAGGAAACGGGUGAUGAGAGAAGGGAGAGGAGUGGUGAAAGAAGGGAUGAUGAUGGUCGUCGAGAUGUGGAUAGGAGCUGGGUGAACGUGACUGCUUUCUGUCAUGCCAUGCGUGCUCUGCUGAAUUCUGAUUGGCCGCUGGCUGAUUCUGGGCGCGCUGACGUGGCCAAGAGAGCAGCUGACGUGGAACAUGAGAUGGCAGCUGGCAGGUAUCGUGCAUCGCCUGCCGCGGGUCCGUUUGCGCGCAUGUCAGAUGCGGCGUCAGCGCUUGCCACCCGGAUGGCAGCAGUCGGGAUGAUGCCGAACCGGCAGUUUCGUCUUCUUCUGGUGGAGGCUUAUCUGAGGGAUGGAAGGGUGGAAGAAGCAGAGGAGGAGUGUGAGAGAGUCAGGGAGGAGGGGUGGAAGGUUUCUGGGAAGGUUCUGAGAAGGAUCGUGCGGGCUUGGGCGAGAGAGGGUAGAGCGGGGGAGGCAGAGGAGGGAGUGAGGGUGAUGGUGAAGGAAGGGGUCCAAUUGGAUGUUGCCACGUGUAACAGCAUGAUCGGGCUGUAUGCUCGAGUGGGGGCGUACGAUAAGGCAGGGAGAGUGUGGGAUGUGGGGAGGAUGGAUGGGCAGGAACAGCGGAGGAGGAGGAGGCGGAGAGGGGAUGAUUGCACCCCUACAGAAGCAACGUAUCGCGCCCUCAUUCGAAUGUACACCCGUGCGGGCAUGCCCAACGAGGCCAUGCAUGUGCUACAUGCCAUGAGCGCCCGGGGCUUGCUAUGGCGUGAUGACCUGCUGGCUGCUGUCAUUCGCUGCCUAGGAGCGGCUGCCAGGUGGAGGGACGCGGAAGCCUUGUUUCACGACGCACAGCAAGUGGCCCAAGCCCUUGCGAAGGAUGCUUUGGCCGAACCAGCGGCACAGGAAUGGCCCAAGCCAGCGCCACAGCCUCGGCCCGGACCUGUGGCUUGGAGGGAGAACCAGAUGGGGGGCGCUGAUUUGGCAAGUGGCUUGGUGACGAGCUUAGAAGGCCGGGAGGGAAGUCUGGAAGGCAGGGGGUUGGGAGAAAAGGGGGGAGUUAGAGGUUGGCAGAAAGGGUGGGAAGUGGCCGAAACAUCUUCGGGAGGUGGCCUGGUGACGAGCUUAGAAGAGCGGGAUGGAAGGGUGGAGGACAGGGGGCUGGGAGAAAGGGGGGGAGUUAGAGUUGUGAUAGAGGAGAGGGAAGGCGGGAAGGAAGUGGGAAGUGGGGGUGAGAGUGGUAGUGAGAGUGAGGGAGAGAGUGAGGUAGAGAGUGAGGAGGAGAGUGAGGGAGUGGGCAUGGGAGAUAUGAGAGGAGGGAGAGUAGCACGGUGGAGCAGGAGGAGGGGGGAAGAUGUGGAGGGAGGGCGGCAAAGGGAGGGCGUAGGGGAGCAAAGGCGAGGCGUUGGGGAGCGGUGGGAAGUUCUAGAGGAGCAGUCAUACAAGGCUCUGAUGGGCGCAUAUCAAAGGGCAGGGCAGGCGGACAAGGCGGAGGAGCUACUGCUGGAGAUGGAGAGACGAGCCAUGCCCCUGAGUGCUGACCUGUACCACAUGGUCAUGGACGCGCAUGGGAGGGCGGGGAACACAGCUGCAGCAGAAGCCGUUCUGGAGAGACAACUCAUGCUCACACAACAACCAUCUACAUCACUAAAUACAGUUCCGUCCUUAUCAGCACCAGCGCCAGCUUCAGUGAGCUCUGCAUUGGAGGAUGAUGCCACCUCUGCAGCAGCUGCCACGUCAGCAUCAGACGCCAUGUCAGCAGCAUGUGCCACAUCAGCAUCAACUGAUACCUCACCACAUGCACCACCAGCGCUACCCAGGCCAGAUAUCGUCCAGCUCACGUCCCUCGUCCACGCGUACCUGCGUGAGGGAAACUUCCAGGAAGCAGCACGGCGGGUGCGGCAAAUGCGGGAGCUGGGGCUGAUACCCACCUUCAAGACGUGGGCCACCGUGGUGGGCGGCGCUGCCAGGUCAACAAGUACCAAAGACUGCUGCACUAUGUUGGAGAGUCUUUCUUACGUUGGGUUCGACGUACCAGAGAGGCUGCUCCUCCAAUGCGACGACGACACCUGGACGGAUGUCGACAGUCUGCUGACGUGGCUCCUCUCAAGAGACGGGGACGGGGGCACAGAGAGAAGCACAACCAACGGAAAUGAUGCAAGGAGGAAGAGUGACGGCAGUGCAGCAAGGAGCAUGGUCAACGUGCUGAUAGACCUGCUCUGGUGCUUUGGCCAGCGAGCCAGGGCCCACCGCCUCUUCCUCCUCUCUCUGCAACGGGGUGUUUAUCCCCGAUGCAUCGCUCAUGCUGCAACGGACGACUGGAAGCUGGAUGUUCGCACGCUCUCGCCCGGUGCUGCCCUCGUUGCUCUGCACCACUGGCUCGACAUGGUGCAGGACGCAGCUCUCCAGGGUGUUCCAGCGCCCCGCCACGUCAGCAUCGUGACAGGUGGCAUGCUGCAGCGCAUCAGCAGCACGCCAGGUGGCAGCGUGUCAUUGAAGCGCACCGUGCGCAGCUGGCUGUGGGCCAUGGGGGCCCCGUUCCGAUCCGAUGAGGAUAGAGAGGGAGUGCUGACAGCAAAAGGCUAUUCUGUCGAGAGAUGGGUCAAGGACUCUCCAAGCUGUCAAAAUCUAUGCUUGGAAGACUCCGUUUCUCGACCGCCAACCAAUACCAUGUGCAUAUAUGAGAAUGCUCUCAUGCGCACAGAUGUAGCUGCGCUGCUACAAGAGCUGGAAGAGCAUCGGCUCUUGGAUGGGAAGAAGGGGCCGCCAAGGGUUAUGUCGCGGUUGUUACGGAUAAAAGAGGAGAAGAAGGACCAAUGGAUUCAAAUGCAAGCGGCGCUUACGGAAACCAGGGGUCAACGGGCAGCAAUGGCGAAAAAGAAACGUGAUAGAAAUAGGGAACUUAGGAAGGCACGAAAAACAACAAAUAGGUGACGUGUUGAUGUGCAUGGGCUAACCAAGGUAUGGUAAUGGAAUCGUUGUUGACGUAUUUGUUAUUU